GGUGUGACACUUUAAGUUAUAAAUAUUAUUUGUUUGGUGUUGUCAUCCUUCAAACGUUCGUCUCUUUUUGUAACUAAUUAAAUAUAAAGUAAUUAACAAUUACUAAGAUAAGAAGUUGUGAGUGUUCAGUCGUUCAGUACAGAGUUUCUAAGUGUCUUGCUAGUGCUUGAACCAUCGAAGAAAAAUUUAAAAAGCAUAAUUAAUCAAGAUGAAGGCUUUUGUCUUCAUCUCAGCUACUGUUUUAUUAUCAGUUUUAGCUGUAACAAAUGCAGAUCCUGAACCCCUACCUAGGCUUUUGGGUGCUAAACAGUGUACUUGGGGCCCAUCUUAUUGGUGCAGCAACAUAACAAAUGCAGCUGGCUGUAGAGCUGUUAAACACUGCAUUCAAACAGUUUGGGUACACAAGAAGUUACCCCCGGAUCAUAGCAGUGUUUGUCAAACAUGUUUGGAUAUGGUCAAACAAGCCAGAGAUCAGUUACUAAGCAAUAUGACAGAAAGCGAAAUCAAAGAGGUUUUUGAAGGUUCUUGCAAUCUUAUACCUGUCGAAAUCGUUGCAAAAGAAUGUAGAAAUCUUGUGGACCAGUUCAUACCCGAACUGGUUGACACCCUCGCUUCCCAAAUGGAUCCUCAGGUAGUUUGUCAUGUGUCUGGUCUAUGUAAUAACGAAAGGGUAACAAAACUCUUGGCCGAAGCCCAACUGCAAUCAACAGCAAGGCCUACUACGAACAUGGACAGUUGCAGUGCAUGUCAAACUGUUUUACAUUUGGUCGAAGAAAAAUUCAAGAAAUCUAGUAGAGACCAGGUGUUGCAAGGCAUGCUUAAGGUUUGUGGUAGAAUGAGCAGUUUGUCGGACGCUUGCAGCAACAUUAUAUUGACCUAUUUCAACGAAAUAUACAGUCACUUGUUAGAAAACUUGGGUUCUAACGAAUUCUGCAUAGUGACUGGAGAGUGCAGUGGUCAAUUCCAUCAGCACACUUCCAUUCAAGUGACCCCUCUGUCUAGUGUUGGAAUCGUUGACGUUAGCGAAAGAGAUGAUCUGCCAUGCGACCUUUGUCGUCAAUUAGUCGGUCAUUUUCGUGAUGUUAUUGUUGCUAACACAACCGAAGAUGAAUUUCAGAAAGUUUUAGUAGGAAUUUGUAAUCAGACGAAGAGUUUUGCCCCCGAAUGCAGAUCAAUCGUUGACGAAUAUUACCCGGAAAUUUAUAAAUUCCUAAGCGACGAAAUCAAUAGUACUGUCGUGUGUGGCUUGAUAGGGAUCUGCCCUGGUCCCGAUCUGGGCGAAAACGAUGAUACGCCAAUUAUACCACUACUUCCCGUUCAAACUGUGAUCAAAUUACAAAGUAACAAAAGAGGGUCAGUUUCCUUGACCAGAGGGGGUUCUAGUGUUAGGAUUGUCAAUCCCGAGUUGACCCCAGAGUCAGCUCAAUUGCCCAUCGAAAGACUUAUGCCCCAAACUCUCACAAUGAUCGGUAACACACAACUCUGCACCUUCUGUGAAUACUUCUUGCAUUACGUUCAGAAAGCAAUUACCGAUCCCAAGGAUGAGGACGAAAUCAAGAGAGUGGUUGGUAAAGCUUGUGAUCGUUUGCCCAACUCUGUUAACGAAACGUGUUGGGAAUUUAUUAACACGUACGGAGACGCAUUCGUUGCCCUUUUGGCUCAGGAGAUCGAUCCUUCAGUUAUCUGCCCACUUUUGAGCGUUUGCAAGGCCGAAGAUUCUCGUGAUGUUGACGUUUUCAUCAAAGACAAUAAGGGCGACAAACCCAACUGUCCGUUAUGUCUCUUUGCCGUUACCAAACUCGAAGAAAUCGUCAAAGAGAACAAAACUGAGAAGGAAAUAAGGGAGGAAUUAACCAAAUUGUGUUCGCACCUGUCUAAACAGCUUAGAGAAGAAUGUGAUACGUUUGUUACUGCUUACGCUGACCAUAUUGUGGACGCCGUCCUGGCCAAUCUGACUCCUCAAGAAGUUUGCGUUUAUAUUAAGCUUUGCUCUGAUACAAGAACUUACAACGGGAUCCAUCUGGAACCGAGAGUGGAUAGCCCAUUUGGCGGUGAAAUCCUUACCAAUGAAAUUCCGGAUCACACAGCAAACGGGAAGACCCUAAUAAGUCCCUCUAUGUCCAAACAGUAUUCGUCGUUGGGUUGCGUUGUUUGCGAAUUCGUUAUUGCCCAACUUGAAAAUGUUCUAAGCGACAACAGUACAGAUCAAGAAAUCAUUCACGAUAUAAAGUCAGUUUGUACCAUCAUGCCGAAAACUGUCAACGAAGAAUGUACAAACUUUAUAAAUAAGUAUGGUGACAUUAUUGUGAAAUUGUUUAUGGAUAAGGUCGCGCCCCAACUCAUUUGCGAAAUGAUAAUGGUUUGUAUGACGGAAAAAGAGAUGCUCAGAGAUGAAGUUCAAACUUGUGCCGUUUGCCAAGGAUCCUUGGUUACGAUGUUGGAACUGUUACAAAACCCCAAAGUGUCCCACGAUCAGGCCCAUAUAUUGGACAAAACCUGCAAAGCCAUGCCAUUGACGUACCAAAACAAGUGCAGACAACUUCUUCAAGUCUACGGAGUGGAUUUAUUUGCAAAGGUUACGAAUUAUCCAACAAUUGGUAACAUUUGUGGUGAGGUUGGUUUGUGUCAUAAUCGCGAGGAAAGGGAUGUGUUGGUGGGAGCCAAAAAAUGUACUUGGGGCCCUUCAUACUGGUGCCAAAAUGAAAAUAAUGCCUUAGAAUGUGGGGCCACAAAACACUGCGAAGACAAGGUGUGGAUGGGAUCUAAACCCUCCGCAACGGGUAAUUAAGUUUUAUUGCUCAUUUUUUCUUUUAUUUUUCGUUUAUUUGCUUAUCUUAUCUAUAUAAUAAUAAAU